UGUGUGGUAGGGUGGCCAGUUCCUUUCCAAGAAUGUAGCAUACACAUAUAGAGUGAGAACCUUUCAUUCACUUCUGCAGAUGCUGAUGGAGGAGCCAUGUUUCGACUUUCUUCGCACUCAAGAACAUUUAGGGUAUAGUGUACACCCUACCUGUGAAAUUAUCUCUGGUAUUGUUGGGUUUUCUGUAACUGUGACAACACAGGCGAAUAAAUUCAGUGCUCUUCAUGUGGAUCAGCGGAUUGAAGCCUUUUUGGAAAAUUUCCAAGAGAAACUGACAAACAUGACAGACAGAGAGUUCCAGACUCAAGUGGACGCUCUGGUGAACCUGAAGCAGUGUGUUGACCUGAAUCUUGCAGAGGAAGUUACCAGGAAUUGGAAUGAAAUUGAAACAGGGGCCUAUGUAUUUGAUGAGCUGGAGAGAGAGAUUAAAGUAUUAAAGAAUGUAAAGAAAAGUCAAAUAAUUGAUUUACUAGAUGAACUAAUAAACAAAGGAAGAUGUCGGAGAAAACUAUCAACACAGGUCAUUGGCUUUGGUGAAAAGGAAAAAAAUCUACCCACAUCUUGUGGCGAUGCAAACAGGCUUCAAAAUGGCGAGACAACUGACGGGGAAAAAACUAUGCAAAUGACUUUCCUACCGUAUGAUGGAAACUCAAUAAAGCAUAUUGGAAGGUUCAAGGAGUGUUUGGAGAUUUAUCCAGUGACUGUUAUUAACAAAUAAAGUAUAAACAAAAAUGGGGAACAAACAAUAAGUUUGAUGGUGGUAAUCAGUACUGGUGGUAAUGCAAUAAGCCAAUUCGUGGUUCAAAUGCGCAUGCCCGUAUCCAUGGUAAAUUGACAUAAAACCUGUUGUGUGAAUGCUAGUUUAUGUUGUCGCGGUUCGAACUACGAAUUGGCCAAUUGAUAUUGUAGAUUUUGUUUAUUAAGUACACAGUUCUCGCUGCCCAUGGCCCAGAUAUGUUAACUGAAUAAAUUGGCUUAUAAUGGACUUGGGGCAAUUAUAUAAUUUAAACAAAAAUGAUUUUAAAGUUGCUAAUUGGGUUAUAUUUUUGUGAAGUAAUUAGUUAUCACUUAAUUUAAAUUAGUUUGCUUCAGGAUUUUCUAAAAAUAUUUUGUGUCAUUUUCUUGAAAUGAAAAUUGAAUAACUGUACAGAUAUUUACUGGCAAGGAAAAUAAUAUCUGACUUGCUUGGUGUCUUAAACCAGGACCAGGAAUGAGUAUUACCUUAAUGUUAACGGAUGACGUCGUAAUUUAUUUAUUUUGCGUUGCGGAGUUCGUUAAUUUUAGGAUUCUACGUGCUCGACGUACAUGUUGAUGCUAAACCUAGGGUAAAAGUCAUCUUAUUCACUGACCCUCAGAGAGAGGGUGUCUUAUUACCUAAAACCACAUUUUACCUCAUAUGCUAUUGUAACUUCAUCGAUGGUCAUUAUACCUUUAUUCACUGGACUCAAAAUCACCAAAUCAUUAUUGCACAACGUCUCGUGAGUACUCAAUACUUCAUACUUUGUAACUUUUAUUUAGUUGAAUAGUUUUAGAGGAUUUAAUUAGUUUAGAAUGGCUUUAUAAGUGAUAAAAAUCAGUUUAAAUGCAUACAGUAGUGU